AUCAAUAUCUUCAUUAUCAUUAUCGUCGAAAUUAUAAGUAUCAUCUUCCUAGCCACCACCAGGAAGAGUGCCAUCAUUACGGAAUGCCAGUACAAACAUAUGGAACAACUAACCACUCUGGACUACCUGACGAAUUCUGUUAAUGCUGCACUUGAAGUUCAGGCCGGCUGCUACCGAUAUUGGACCAAUAUAAUCCUGGUAUAUACAGCAGGCUUCCUUUCAUCCUUACUUAUCAUGGUUGUUUGCCUCUUUGUUUUGCGCAUGUAUCUUAACGAACUACAAGACUUCAAUGCAGAUUACGUAAGUGGCAUAAAUCAGACUAUGCAAGACGUCGAAGAAGAGUACAAACCUAUGGUGCCCGAUUUCAAAUACCGAUUUUAUAAGCAAGACCCCACUGAAGAUACAAAUCGUGAUCUGUACGAUAAUCGGUCAGCCUUAUACUCUAAGAUCUAUCAGAAGAACGUGCUCAGAAAAGAUCAUAUGAAGCAAUCACUAGCAGCACUGCAUCCACCUGAGUACACACCUCAACCUAAUAUCAAAUCCCCAACUUUGGAAAGGAUGCAAUACAGCCAGUUUAAAGAGCAUGGUGCUAGUCAUGUUCCUCUUGAAAGAGAAGGCAUGAAUAACUCAGCAGGAGAACCGUUGCCAUCUAAUCCAUCAGACCCGCCUGCUGAUCCAUCAGACCCACUUGUUGAUACAUCAGAUGUGCCUGCUGAUCAAACAGACUCAACUGAGCCAGAGAACGACAGACUGUUAGGGAGAUGAGUUUACAUAGCAUCAAAGCUAUUGAUUGAUGUUGACCAAGAACAUUAGCUAUACAGUUAGCAUAGUAAAGGCGAAAAAAUGUAUAAAUUUGCAUAAAGA